ACCCCUCCCUCUCCACUGAAGAGUCAAUACUUCAUCAGUUUCUUCUCCAUAAUCCCCAUUUCUCUUUUUCUUCUUUUAUCUCUCUAGAACUUUCAAUUCUCUCUCUAAAGCUCAUUCUCGAGCUGGCUCACUCACAGGAAAUUCUGGAAGAAUCUUCAAGAAAGAACCAAGAGGUGGUUCUUGCCCUCUAUGAGGCCUUAAGAUCUCGAGACGUGGACACGGUGCACCAGAUCCUCGCCUCCGACCUCGAGUGGUGGUUCCAUGGCCCGCCGUCAUACCAGUUUAUGAUGCGCCUUCUCACUGGUACCGACACAUCAUCAAGAAAAGUUGGGAAAACCUCCACUGGUACUUUUGAGUUCAACCCUGAAUUCAUCAGAUCCUUUGGAUCGAUCGUGAUUGCUGAAGGCUGCGAUUCUAGCCGCUCCGUUUCUUGGAUUCACGCGUGGACCGUUUCGGAUGGGAUAAUUACCCAAGUUAGAGAGUACUUCAAUACUUCUCUUACUGUUACUCGUCUUGGUAACCAAGAUCAAUCUGAGUCCUCUGAAUAUUCAUCUCCGUCUUCAUCAUCAUCGUUAUCUUCAUCGGCGGAGACAACGCCUGUGCAUUGUCAGUCCGUUUGGGAGAGCAGAGUCUCCAAUCGGGUCGGGAAAUCAGUGCCGGGUUUGGUUCUGGCAAUUUAAGUCAAAAUCUGUAUUCUCUGUUCCUGAUCAGGUGCAGGCGUUAGUACUAUAUGAUAUAGCUGUGGAAUAAAAGAGACGCUGCGCUUGUCUCUUGUACACGAAGAGAGAUGUAAGCAACUUAUGGGCGUGUUGUUUAGGUUGAAUUGGUUUGGAAGUUCUUGCUUUUGUUGUUAUAGUGAGACGUAGUUGGUCAAGCAUGUAUGUGUUUCUGUUUGUAAAAUGGUGUUUUCAUUAUAUAAUAAAGAAUUAUGCUUUUAUUA